AUGUCAAGCAUACCUCCGCCUCACUCAUAUUCUCCCGGCUGGGAGAAAGUGAUUUACUACGAUGACAGUCAUCGGCUCGCAAUUGUUAUCUCUGAGCAUACUCUGGAUAUAAAAACCAAGGAAUUCAUUAUAAAUUUACCUGACAAGGAAGUAGGCAUAAGUUCUAAUUGUGUUGCAUUUGGCUGGUGGGAUUGCCAAAUUUCGUUAGAUGCUAUUAUCAUUGGUAGAGAACAAUGCUUAUCCGACUGGCCAGAGCUACGGGAGGAUGAUAUGUGUGUUAACGUUACGUCAUCUUUAAAAAUACAUAUUAACGCUUGCACUUAUAUUGUUGGCUCGCCAGUUUUUUGCGAUCAUGUCGUAGUGGGUAUUAUUGGUGAGGACUGCAAUAUUGAGAAGCCACGUCCUUUCGUCAGCGUAUACAAGCACGUUGAUUGGAUUAAAUCGACCUUGGAACAACACCAGACAUUCUCACGGGACUAUCCAUUAUCGAAAAAUGCUUUCAAAUAUUUAUUGCAACUUAGUUUUUGGGUCAUUUUUUAUGCAUAA